AAAUUAGAAAUAACACACGACUUGAAUAGAUAGAAAGAAUAUUCAGAGAUAGAAGGAGAAGGAAGAGGGAAGAGCUAAAAAAGAAUCAUGUCUCUCUCCUCUUCCUUUGUUCCCCAGAUAAUCGGCAGCAGGUCCUCUCCACCAGUCUAUUCUCCUGGUUUUCCUCUCCAGCUUCCUCGCGUUUCUCUCUUUUUAUACCCCUCCUCAUCUUUGGGUCCACCACAUCUCCAUCACAAAGCCACCACAAAGAAGCAACAUUCUAUGACGACCAGAGGUGCAGAUUUUGAGACUGCUGCUGAUGACGAUGAAGAAGAGUACGCAUACAUUGAAGAUGAUGAAGAAUUAGAUGCCGACCCUUUUUUGCCUGAGAGAUGGGAUGUUGUGGGUCUUGGACAAGCCAUGGUGGACUUUUCCGGCAUGGUUGAUGAUGAGUUUCUGGGAAAGCUGGAUUUAGAAAAGGGAACAAGGAAGCUUGUGAAUCACGAAGAGAGAGGUAGAGUCUUGAGAGCAAUGGAUGGUUGUAGCUAUAAGGCUGCUGCUGGUGGGUCCCUUUCCAACAGUCUAGUGGCCUUGGCCAGGCUUGGCAGUACAUCCAUUGGAGGCUCUCCCUUAAGUGUAGCUAUGACAGGGAGUGUAGGGAGUGAUCCGUUGGGUGGCUUCUACAGAGCAAAGUUACGACGAGCAAAUUUGCAUUUUCUUUCUCCACCUAUCAAAGAUGGGACAACAGGGACAGUAAUAGUUCUCACUUCUUCAGAUGCCCACCGUACAAUGCUGGCAUAUCAGGGAACAUCUUCGACUGUUAAUUAUGAUUCAUGCUUGGCUAGUGCAGUUUGCAAUACAAAAAUACUUGUAGUUGAGGGGUAUUUGUUUGAACUUCCUGAUACAAUCAAAACAAUUACAAAAGCCUGUGAAGAAGCACGCAGGUGUGGAGCGCUGGUCGCAGUUACAGCAUCAGAUGUUUCCUGCAUUGAGAGACACUAUGAUGAUUUCUGGGAAAUUGUUGGGAACUAUGCAGACAUUGUUUUUGCAAACAGUGAUGAAGCAAGAGCCUUCUGUCAUUUUUCUUCCAAGGAGAGCCCCAUUUCGGCUACAAGGUAUCUCAGCCAUUUUGUUCCAUUCGCCUCGGUUACUGAUGGACCAAGAGGCUCUUACAUCGGUGUAAAAGGAGAAGCUGUAUAUAUUCCUCCUUCUCCUUGUGUACCAGUGGACACUUGUGGUGCCGGGGAUGCAUAUGCAUCAGGAAUUUUGUUUGGUAUUUUACGAGGAGUGUCAGAUUUAAAAGGAAUAGGUACAUUAGCAGCAAGGGUUGCAUCCACGGUUGUUGGACAACAAGGCACUCGGCUUAGGGUUCAAGAUGCAGUAGAGUUGGCAGAAUCAUUCACAUUCCAUCUCGAUAGUUCCACUAUUAGAUCAGAUAUCGGGUCAGAUCAUAUUUCCAGCUUCUAAUCAGACCUUUUGCUAAUUCCCAAUAUUCUUUUAUUAGAUAUUAUCCUUUGUUCAUAACUUUUGUACAUUAUACAUAUUGUAGACGGGUCUUGGAAGCAAAGCAAUCCCAAGACUCUUCCAAAUUUGUUGGCAGUUUGGCCUCAUGAAAUUUAUUCACUUAUAAUUGCGGGAUGGGGGUUUUAAUUAUGGACCCUAGUUUCAUGCCA